AUGAUCGCUGAUGUCGUGGGUGACUACUUCUUCGUGUGCCCCACAAAUUAUUUUGCGGAGAUACUGGCUGACUCUGGAGUGGACGUUUAUUACUACUAUUUUACACAUCGUACAAGUACCAGUCUCUGGGGUGAAUGGAUGGGGGUAAUGCAUGGCGACGAAAUGGAAUAUGUCUUUGGCCAUCCUCUUAACAUGUCUCUACAAUAUCAUACAAGAGAACGCGAUCUAGCCGCCCACAUCAUGCAGUCGUUCACAAGAUUCGCUUUAACUGGGAAACCUCAUAAACCAGAUGAGAAGUGGCCAUUGUACUCGCGGUCGUCGCCACACUACUACACUUACACGGCCGACGGCCCGAGCGGUCCAGCCGGCCCGCGAGGUCCCCGCGCCUCAGCCUGCGCAUUCUGGAACGACUUCCUUAACAAACUUAACGAAUUGGAGCAUGUUCCUUGCGACGGAGCCGUUACUGGGCCGUACUCAAGUGUUGCAGGAACUACCCUGCCCAUCAUACUAUUAACUACAUUAGCAAUUACAGUGGCACUA